AUGGCUCUUACCAAAGGAGACGAGAUGAUCGAACAUGCCACACUGAACACGGUAACAACCAAUAGUAUCGAUCGGCGGAAGCUGACUCAAAGAGUUCUACUAAAGCUUGACCUGAGAAUCCUCCCCGUUCUCUCAAUGCUUUUCUUGUGUUCGUUCUUAGAUCGAACCAAUGUCGGCAACGCAAAAAUCAUUGGCCUCGAGAAGGAUAUCCAUAUAACUGACCACCAAUACGACAUUGGUCUAGCGGUAUACUAUGCUACCUAUAUUUUCAGCGAGCUGCCAAGCAAUCUUGUCCUUAAGAAAGCAUCACCAAAGAUCUGGUUGCCCUUCCUGACCGUCGUCUGGGGCAUCAUCACCAUGUGUCUUGGUUUCGUGAGAAAUUUUGCUAGUUUUGCAGCCGUCCGGGCUCUUCUUGGAUUGGCUGAGGGUGGCUUACUCCCAGGAAUGGUCCUUUACUUAUCUUUCUUCUACAGGCGCGGCGAAAUGGCAUUUCGUCUUGGUCUGUUCUACACGGCUGCUUCAUUAUCUGGUGCCUUUGGAGGUCUUCUGGCUCGUGGGUUGGCCGAAAUAGGUCCUAGAGGAGGACUAGAGGGUUGGCGUUGGAUUUUCAUCAUCGAAGGUCUUCUGACUAUCGUCUGUGGAUUCUUGAGCUUCUUUCUUUUACCGAAAAAUCUGAAGAUGGCGUCCUUUCUCCUCCCUGAAGAACGGGAGUUUGCUCUUGAACGGCUCAGUCUUGAUAGUCCAUCUUCUUCAAUUGAUAAUCAUGGAAGCUCCUCGAGAGAAAAUCGAGAGACCUUCAACUGGUCCGAGGUUCGAAGAGGCAUGCUGGACAUUAAAAUGUGGUUUUCCGCUUUAGCUUAUUUCUCUAUUUUGUCUGGGUUGUACUCUUUUGGUCUCUUCCUGCCAUCAAUUAUAAAAGACAGUGGCUUCGCAAAUAAUGCCAAUGAAGUACAACUUUGGACAGUGAUCCCUUAUGCAGUCGCCACCGUUGUCACAGUUGCCGUCGCUUUGAUUUCGGACUGGGCCCAGCUUCGAGGUGUCAUCAUUCUCGCUACACUGCCUAUUUCAAUUGCAGGCUAUGCCGCUAUUGCCAACGUUCACUCAGCUAAAGUCAAGUAUGGGAUGACCUUUCUCAUGGCCAGCGGCAUGUACAGUAGCGUCCCAUGCAUCUUAGGAUGGAAUUCAAACAACUCCGCCGGACAUUAUAAGCGGGCUACAACGUCGGCGAUGCAAUUGGCUAUUGCGAAUUGCGGUGGAUUUGUAUCUACAUUCAACUACCCAAGCAAAGAUGCACCGCAGUAUCACAAAGGCCAUACUACCAUCCUUAGCCUCCUUGUUGCUGCAUGGUUCCUGGUUCUAUUCAACAUUCUGUACUGCGCAAAGGUCAACCGGUAUAAGAAGAGGGGAAAGUACGACAAAUACAUUGGGUACAAUGAUGAUAGAGAUCCGGAUUUCAAGCUCAUGCUGUGA